GGCCCUCAAUACUCUUUUGUCAUCAAGAAGGCGUUCUCUUGCCAAACGUUUGGCUUGGUCUACUGCAUCUCCUAUCGCCGUUGCCCUGCCGUCUAUAUCGGCGAAACAGGGCGUACUUUAAGACAACGUUUUGGCGAACACCUUCGGAGCAUUGAAAAGAACUUGCGGGGGUUUCCUGUGGCUGAACAUUUUAACACAGCUGCUCACUCAAUCGACGACGCUUUGGUUCGAGGAAUGAUGCUCUCUGUAGAUAACGCGCAACGGAAAUGCGACUGA